AUGGAUAAAAUUGUGGUAUUUGAUAAUAAAAAGACCGUCAAAGAGGAAUCUCUUCGCCAAAUAUUAUUGUACUGUGGCCAAGUAAAGUCACUAUCGAAAGUUGAGAAACCAUCACAAAACUGUUUUAUAGCGGAAUUUGAGAAUGAGAGUUCUGCAGCCAAUGCCGUUUUUUUGUCGAACACUUUAAUUGACGGCUCACAAAUCACAGUGAUAAAAUAUUCCGAUUACGACAGCUCAAACGUUGAGACGCCUGAAAUUCAAAUAAAUUCGACUCCACAAAUCGUCGAAAAUGACGACGUCCAACUCAUUUCCGACACCGUUGAAAAAGAUGAAAAAGACGAAAAAAUCGAAAAUUCAGAAAAAGUCGAAUUAUCGAAAAACGAAAAAAUCGAACAUGCAAAAGAACAAAUAGUUAAAAGCGCAAAGACUAUCAGCGUGUUUGCCGAAACGUCACUCUUCAAAUUGGAGGCGUUCAUGAUCGACGCAAUAUGCGAAGGCAGAGACACAGUCGAUAAGAUGCGUGGCGUCGAGAAGUAUAAAGAAUAUGAAGUUCAUGGAGAUCUCAAACACUCAGAUGGCUUCAAAGCUCAAAAAUUCACAGUCCAACAGACUCAACAAACUCAACUCGUUCCACCAAUUCAAAUCCAACAAAACGAACUCCCCAAAAAAACUCAAAAACCACUCCCUCCCAUUCCUCCAAAGAAAAGAGAAGACGCUCCAAUAAUUCUUUAA